AUGCAGCUCUCUCGCGCUUUCAUUGCUUUGUCCAUCGGCCUUUGCGCCGCUACUAUGGUGGCAGCACAGACCGUGCAGCCCGACUCGCUCACGGACCCCAAGCUUCCAAGUAGUUCUGGCGAUGACAAGAAGUUGGACCUUCCCAACGAUGACAAGUCCACCAAGAAGAGCAAGAAGACCAAGUCGACCGACACUACUUCCCUGUCUGACGACAAGACUACCGACACUGGCACGCCGGAGAUAUCUCCUUCUCCCGACUUUACCAAUACUGGAACAUCGGAUGAAAGGAGCUCGGGAAAGCACAAGAGCAAGAAGGGCAAGGACGACAACUCGAAAGUCGAAGUGACCAAGCCAGGGAAGGGCAUCGGCGCUGGCGCCGACCCAAGCACUGCACCGGGCGAGGAUUCCGGCAAGCUAAAGGUGGCCCCGAUCAACAGCAUCAUGGACGGCUACGUCGGUGAGCAAGCUUCGAUGUACGGUGAUUGCCGACCACGGCCUUUUCACUCACGCUCAUUUUCGCCUGGCCACGCUACGCUAUUGCAGAUGUUACCGUUCCAGGAGAUGAUGCGUCAAACGGCAAGUUUGCUGCAGACUGGGCUAUAGGAUGCAACGAGAUCACUGGCAAGUACAGAACGCAGAACAACUACAAGGAGCUGGACAGCAAGACCAACAAGAAGGCUGCCGUGCUGUGCAUUGCUCGUACCGGUCCGACCAAGGGCGAAGAGGAGUGAGUCGGCGCCGCCAUUGCUGGUCGCGUGUAGUUCUGCCAGAACGACAGAUCGAGCUGAUCGUUCCGCCGCCUUGUUUGUGCGAUUCUUCGACUUUGCUCUCGACAGGAUCUUCUGGGACUACACCAAGCUCCUGGUUCAAAAGCUGAACCUCUCCAACGGUACCGAUACCACUGCCACGCUGGAUACUGGCGCAGCAAUUGACAAGGGCACCAAGUCGGGCGCGACCAAUCCGUCGAUCAACUACGGUUCCAAGGAUUCCAAGGACGGCCCUACGGAUCAACCCAUCGAUCUCUUGGCCUCCACGCCCGACUCGACGACGGAUGCUGGUGGGCCCGACGACACGACUACAUCUACGACGGACGAUCUGCCCACCUCCAAGUCUUCGGACACCAAAGACGACACCAAAACGUCGAGCAGCAAGCCGGACGGGAAGAAAAAAGAAAAGAAGGAAAAGAAAAAGCAGGACAAGAGCGCGCAAGGCUCGUUGACCUCGACUGAUGUCAAGCCUACCGAUACCGAGACCGGUGCCGGCACUGCUGGAAGCGAGACUACCACCUCGCCGCAGAAGCGCUCCGGCUUUGUCAGACGCUCGCUGGCCAAGAAGCUGCGUCAUUGA